AUUUGAGAACCCCUCAAUCCAAGCUGACCUGCGAGCAACAUCAGCAGCAGCGGCGCUAUCGAAGCGAGUGUGUUGAAGACAAGUGCUAGUGUCAGUGUGUUGCGAGAGUGUUUGUGUGUGAGUGAGAGAGAGAGAGAGAGAGGGGGAGACUGUGUGAGUGUGCUUCCAAGUUGCACCACAAACCUUCGCCAUGACAACCAUCAAGGUUGUGGCGCUUCUGGGGCUGGCCUUGGCGACCGUGUUCGCCGAGCCACCCGUUGGCCCGGGUCGAGGGUACUUGCCGCCGUCCGAGACCUCUGACUCCGGUGACUACUCCUCUGGGCCGUCCGGCAUCACCUCGGCCGUGUCCUCCGGCUUCAAGAGCCCCUCGACGAGCUACGGGCCGCCGUCCGGGCCCACCGGGCCGUCCGGCCCUGCCGGCGGUGCGCCGUCUUCCCGGUACGGGCCUCCGUCCGCGUCCUCGCGCCGGCCCAGCUCGCGCUACGGACCUCCCGGCGGCGGCUCUGGCGGCCGCUUCGGUGACCGCCAGAACGGCGCGUCUUCGUCUGGUUUCGGAGCUCCUUCGUCAUCCUACGGGGCACCCAACGGCAUUUCGUCUGGAUUCGGAGCCCCUUCGUCCUCCUACGGAGCUCCCAACGGCCCCUCGUCUAACUUCGGAGCCCCAUCAUCGUCCUACGGCGCCCCCUCCGACUCAGGCCGCUUCGGAGCAUCAUCGUCCUCCUUCGGCGCCCCCAGCGGACCCUCGUCGGGCUUCGGAACGCCGUCCUCCAGCUACGGCCCUCCCAGCGGCUCUGCAUUCGGCGCGCCUUCUUCCACCUACGGAGCCCCCUCAGACUCUGGCCGCUUCGGAGCGCCCUCUUCAAGCUACGGUGCCCCGUCUUCCGCCGCCCCAUCCUCGUCGUACGGCGCACCCAGCAGCGGCAGCUCGGCUCGUGGAUUCGGAGCCCCCUCAUUCGGCGCCCCCAGCAGCUUCCGCGGCGCCGGAGCCCCAUCCUCCACUUACGGUGCCCCUGAUAACUCAGCCCGUGGCUUCUCUGCUCCAUCGUCCACCUACGGCGCUCCCGACACCACCCCUCGUGGCUUCUCCGCCCCAUCGUCGACCUACGGCGCCCCCAGCGGCUCCUCUCGCGGUUUCGGCACUCCCUCCUCCAGCUACGGUGCCCCUGCUGGCUCCUCACGCGGUGCCCCCGACAACACGCCCCGCGGCUUCUCCGCCCCCUCCGCGACCUACGGCGCCCCCUCGACCCGCGGCUCAACGCGCGGCCCCGCUUCCCCGGCUUCGACCUACGGCGCUCCCAAUGACGCUUCAUCUGGAUUUGGAGCACCUUCCUCGACCUACGGCGCUCCUAGUGACUCCGCAUCCAACGCUCCUUCAAACACUUACGGCGCUCCUGGCUCUGGUCGCGGUGCUCCUUCUGACACUUACGGUGCUCCCGGCUCUGGUCGCGGUGCUCCUUCUGACACUUACGGCGCUCCCGGCUCUGGUCGCGGUGCUCCUUCUGACACUUACGGUGCUCCCGGCUCUGGUCGUGGUGCCCCAUCUGACACUUACGGCGCUCCCGGCUUCGGCGGCAGGAAUAACGGAAACGGAAACGGAGACGAUGACGACCAGUCCGAGCCAGCAAAGUACGAGUUCUCCUACGAGGUGGACGCCCCCGAGACCGGCGCCCAGUUCGGCCACUCCGAGUCCCGCGACGGUGACCUGACGCGCGGCAAGUACCACGUCUUGCUCCCUGACGGCCGCGUGCAGACGGUGGAGUACACCGCCGACCAGGAUGGUUACAAGCCCACCAUCAGCUACGAACAGACGGACAACAUCAUCGGUGACGGCCGUAGCAGCGACGGAUACCCUAGCGGCGGCCCCGGACAGCAGGGCGGUUACCCCAGCGGCGGUCCUGGACAGCAGGGCGGUUACCCCAGCGGCGGCCCCGGACAGCAGGGCGGUUACUCCAGCGGCGGCCCUGGACAGCAGGGAGGCUACCCCAGCGGCGGCCCAGGACAGCAGGGAGGCUACCCCAGCGGCGGCCCAGGACAGCAGGGCGGCUACCCCAGCGGCGGCCCCGGACAGCAGGGUGGCUAUUCAGGCGGCCAGGGCGGUUUUUCCGGAAGUCAGGGUGGAUACUCUAGCAGGCAAAGCGGCAGGCAAAGCGGCAAGGGUAGCCAGGAUGGCUACAGCCAGGGUGGCUACAGCCAGGGAGGACCCUCGAAUGACGGCAUCUCCAUCGACGCCGACGGUGAGCAGCAAGGAUACUAGAAACUGCGUCUCUUAGCUCCGCGAGGUGAGGUCUUGGUGUUGCCUUUUCUUGCGCAGGCCGGGUCUUCUGAUUCUCUGCUGCACUAAAAGCGCAGUGUCUCCCGUGGGGUCGUGGAACUCAUUCUGUGAGAGCCAGCAUGGAGGGAGAGCGGUGUUAUAAUGUGAUUCCCGUGUGAUCAAUGGCCUAUCUCUAUUUAUUGAAAGUGAAAGAAUUCUAUUCGCCUUUAGUCUUCAUGCCAUAGUACAUCUGUACAGUGUUGAGUAGAACCCAUAAAUGAGUGGGUUUUGGUUUCGUAGUGGCUUAGUUUAACGCUGUCUACAGCUUUAAGAGCAUUACGUUUCGGUUUUCUCUAUUCACAGUAUAAUGAGAUUAUUUAUUUCAUAAACAAAAAAUCAUGUUCAUGUUAAAUUUUUAUUAGUCUCUUUCUUUCAAUAGAUUAUUGAACUUUUAGCAGUCCCUCGUGGUCAUCUCAUAGCUUUGCAAUCUUCCAAACUUUUAGCGACAUCCAUAAAUUAGAGUGCCAUAACACCAGUUCAUUUCAUGGCUUGUUGGUCGCCUUGUGAUAAACCUGCAAAAUUGAUUGCUAUCAGUUGACAAUUUUUAGUAAGUGUACAUGUAUGUGUGUCCAUUAAUGUGUAUAUUCCUUUAGGAGAAGAACAAUCGCUUGUGAUGUAUAUAUAGACAAAUAAAAUGAACGACUUUUUCUAA